GCCUCGCCGCGCUAGCGACACCUGGUCGAUGUGGCGCUGCUCCGCUAGCCCCAGAGCUCCGUUAAAAUACACAUUUAUCAGCUAAACACGCUUCCUACACAGCUGUUUCUGAGCCAGCAUGCCUCCCAAGAAGCCCGCUCCGGUUACGGGGAAUAAAAAAACUCAGGAAAAGAAGAAAGAGAAGAUAAUCGAGGACAAGACUUUUGGCUUGAAGAACAAAAAAGGGGCCAAACAGCAGAAAUUCAUCAAGAAUGUUACUCAUCAAGUCAAACAAACCGGUGGCCGACAGGCGGAAGGAGACAAAACCGGGAAGAAGGCGGAUAAAAAGAAAGAGCUGGACGAACUCAAUGAGCUUUUUAAACCGGUAGUCGUUGCCCAGAAAGUCAGCAAAGGUGUCGACCCCAAGUCGGUGCUGUGUGCGUUCUUCAAGCAGGGCCAGUGCACUAAAGGUGACAAGUGCAAGUUCAGCCACGACUUGUCAAUGGAGAGGAAAUGUGAGAAGAGGAGUGUUUACGUGGAUGAAAGAGAUGACGAGCUGGAGAAAGACACGAUGGACAACUGGGACGAGAAGAAGCUGGAAGAAGUGAUCAACAAAAAACACGGAGAGGCAGAGAAGAAGAAAACCAAAACUCAAAUUGUGUGUAAGUUCUUCUUGGAAGCGAUAGAGACUAAUAAAUACGGCUGGUUCUGGGUGUGUCCAGUGGGGGGCGACGUUUGCAUGUACCGGCACGCUCUGCCUCCCGGCUUCGUACUGAAAAAAGACAAGAAGAAGGAGGAGGAGAAAGAGGAUGAGGUCUCGCUGGAAGAGCUGAUAGAGAACGAGCGUUCAGCUCUGGGUGUAAAUGUAACUCGGAUCACACUGGAGACUUUCCUGGCUUGGAAGAAGAGGAAAAGGCAGGAGAAGUUGGAUAAAGCGAGGGAACAGAUGGAGCAGAAGAAAGCUGACUUUAAGGCUGGGAAGUCGCUCGUCGUAAGCGGCCGUGAAGUGUUCGAGUUCCGCCCUGAGCUGGUUGACGAUGACGACGACGAAGCUGACGACACUCGUUAUUCCAACGAAGGAGAGGAAGAGGACGAAGAAGAGAUUGAAAUUAACGAUGUCCAGGACAUAGACUUAUCCCGUUUCGUUCCACAAGAGGUCGACAAUACAGGCAUCACUGUAGCGUCUACGGACCGAUUCAACUCUAGGACUCGGGCGGAGAGGACGAGACCAGAUGACGAGGAGCAACUCAACGGAGCCUGUGGUGGCGCUGAAGCCAACGGGGUCUCAGGAGCCGAGGAGGGAGAGGACGGCGAAGGGGGCAACGACGACAGUGAAGAAGGUGAAGAAGUACCGGUGGAUGAAAACCUGUUCAUGGGAGAAGAUUUGGAGGAGCUGGACGAGGAACUCAACACACUGGCCCUGGAGGAGUGAGGGGAGAGCUUUGGACCACAGAAAGGACAAAGGGAUGGGCCGAUGGAUGCAUGGAGCUAAACAUCAAAGAGACCAGACAUUUGAAUGAUUUUAAACUUCAGAGACUCCGGUAAUAAAGCCUGAUUAUUUCACGACAUCA